CGAAGGAGGGCCCUAAAAGAUGUGGCACUUGCAAGAAACGGGUUGGCCUAGCUGGGUUUAAAUGCCGAUGUGGUAAUCUUUUCUGUGGAUCGCAUCGAUAUUCUGAGAAACAUGAUUGCCCCUUUGAUUACCGUUCUGCUGGGCGUGAUGCUAUAGCCAAAGCCAACCCGGUGAUCAAAGCCGAAAAGCUUCAUAAAAUCUAGAGAAGACGAUAGGCUAUGUAUUGAGUGAUGGCACUUACUGAUCGUUCCAACUUCCAAGAGUCUGAUUCUCCAAGUUGCCUGCCAUUUGUUUUAGGUGCCCUGUAGUACUUUCGAGGCACGGUGCGAAGUCCGCAGGAGAAGAAUUCAGUAUGAUCGUAUCUUUCAGAAAUUGUUUGUUGGCUCCAGUUUAUAAGUCUUUUUAUGUGGUGGGUUUGGUGGAAAGAAAAAGAAAACAUUGUGACUAGGUUUGUAUGUGUCAUCUUUUUCAUACCGCAUUUCUUUAGCGUUUCAUGUCUGAGUGGGCAUGUGUUCCUAGAUAAUGUGAAGACAAUCCACGAAGACCGUCAGCUUGUAUAUUAUGCUUAUUUUGUCUCAUAAUACUAUCUGCUUCUGCAAAUUCUUGGAUGUUA